AUGUGGGGAAAAAGCAGAAACCCCAAGGCAAAGGCCGCAGACAAGCAGCCCAAACAGCCGAAGUCAGGUGGCCAACUGGCCCUUGCUGCGGUGCAAGAACAGCUGGAAGCGGGCACCACGCAGUCGCUGGGCAGCGUUGUGCCUGCUCCAGUCCCGCAGCUGGCAGCAGCAGUGGCAGUCGACGGGCAUGACCUGUCCCAGUUCAGCGAGAUCAUACUGUCGCUGGAACUUCCGGACACCUACGUGUUGAAGGUCUGCAGCUUGUGCGGUCAGACUUCCUUGGAUCCCAAUCCUUUCGAAGGGCACGCGGAUUGCAAGGCUUGGCAAGGGACACUUCUGUGUCCCCGAGGGGUCUUCUGCCGAGUGUGUUACUACGUGUUUGCGCACGGUGGGUUUGGCACCCUCUACCCGAAUAUCCGGGACUACGUCAAGCACGUCAACGCAACUCCGCAGGAUCAUGCCGAGUUUCGCGAGAGCCGCGAAAAGUACAUCGUGAUGAAGCUCCAGCAGCCGUCGUUGAUGCUGCGCAAUCGCAUAAUCACCUCGCGCAUGUUUCGCAGUAAGGAGGUCAAGGGUGUGCUCGUCACCAGAGACGAAGAUGAAGGAAUGUAUGGGUUGGAUGUUACGGAGGAAACCUCGGCGGUCAUGCAGUGUGCCAUGGCAGAGGUGCAACUCCGCGAAGGUCAGGCGGAAGAGACCUUCGACUUGUUGUCCCGCAGCGUGGUCGGCAGCCAUCUCUAUAGCGAUGGCUCAAAGGGCAAUGGGCCAAUGAUCUUGAUGCCGGCGAUUGAGCCCGGUGCCGGUUCGAGUGAUGUCGACACUGCGAAAGCCAGGGGCAGUUUGCUGAGCAGUUUUCGCUUGGUUUCCAGCAAAGCCAUCCAGGAUCGAGAUGCUGCCGGCGGCCAGGCCCAGCCGUCGGGUGCGGACCAGUCGGAUGCGGCAGUGAAGCCUGCAACGGUGGAGCAAGCGCCGCCGACCGCAGCAAGGGCUUCAGUUGGGAAGCGCAGCGCUGAUGAUAUGCAAACGGCUGACGAGGCUUUGUUGCUGAGUAUGCAAGCUGAUCUGGCAAGCAUCUGCGACACGUCGGCCCUGGAGUGCAGGACUGAAGAAAAGCUUAUGGAGUAUGCAGCUGAGCAAGCCAAGAAAGCAGCAAACGUCCAUACAAAGUCCAUCGGUCGGGUGAGCCAGAUUAAAUGUCGCAAGACGAAGCAGGAUACGGUAUUUCAGGAGCAAUCAGACGUUGGAACGCAACUCCAGCAAGCCGCCGAAACCGCCCGAGCUUUCCAGAAGUUCUUCAACGAGCUUGCCUCCAACAACCCGUGCUCUGUGGAACUCACUGGCAUCUUCAAGAUCUUGGAAGAAGUUGGCUACAAGUUCGCCGGCACUGCCGUUGACAAGAUGUGUAGGGCAUGCAUUUUUGAGGACAUGAAGUUCGGCAGGUGGGGAGUUGUAGCUCAGUAUUUCACGGACAAGUCCGAUGUAGGCAAGCGAAUGAAUGAGGACUGUGCGGAUCAGUUGUUGGGUCAAGUGUUUCAGCGCCUUCUUGUGCGCUUGCCUGUGCUUGGUAAAAGCUUGCUGAGCACGGCAAUGCGAAUAUUCUCUGGCCAGGAGACGGAUCUUGCGCACGAUGCGCUGGCAGCCGUCAACGCCAUCGAGACGGCAAGCGCUGCAUUCUGGCUGAAGCGAGCCAAGGAUCAGCUCCACUUGAAGAAGCUGAGCGUUGCCAAAGAAGGCAUCCAGGUCGCGGCUGAAGGGCUCGGAAAGCCUAUUACGGAGUCGGAGGCAAACCUUGCCGAGAGAAUUCCCAACGCCAAGGGCUACUGGGAUGACCUCGUCGAGGCGGAUAAAGCCGAGCCGAAGGCUUCCGACAUUGCCAAGUCCUUGAAGGCUGUUUGGCUCAGGGUUGCAAAGAGCUUGGUCAGAGAUCAUCUAUGCCGUGAGUUCGUGCCACACCUCAUAUCAGUGGCCCGUGACAUUGAGAGCCUGAACCAGAUCCGUGAUGAGCCGGGCUGGGAGAUCAUGCUGCUCCGCGAUGCAUUCAGUGCAGCAGCCGGCGACGACACAUCGUCUCCCUUCCAGCUUCACGACUUCUUGGCUUCUUUGUGCAAGGCUUCCGCUUCGUGGCGAGCGGUGGAGCAGACUGAGAGUGAAUAG